UAUUUCAAUAACCAAAACUCCGCUCGCCCUCCGCAGAUAUUUUGCACCCACGGACAAAGACGAGCAUAAUCGCAUUACUUGCUGAUAGACAAAUGAUUAAUUAACGCACCCACUAUGUACGGUGGCUCCUCCAAGCUGGGCGGCCGAGGUGGCGGCCGGGGAAGCGGUGCCGGAGGCACCAAGCGUCUCUCCUCGUUCCCUCCGCCGCCACACCACCGGCCUUCAACGGCCGGUAACCAUCGCCUCUCCAUCGGUGGAAAUUCCAAUCAUCGUAAUCGCUCCGGUCCCACCGCUUCCAUGUCAACAACAACAGCUGCCGUUGAAGAGACCUUCUCUCUUUUUCCUGGUAGUAACCCACCUGCCUUCUCAAUGAUCAUAAGACUGGCACCGGACUUGGUGGACGAGAUCAGAAGGGCUGAAGCGCAGGGUGGCGCCGCCAGGAUCAAGUUUGAUUCAAUGGGCAGUAAUACCAAUGUAAACGUUAUUGAUGUGGGUGGUAAGGAAUUCAGAUUUACAUGGUCGAUGGAAUUUGGUGACCUCUGUGACAUUUAUGAAGAACGUCAAAGUGGUGAAGAUGGAAAUGGUUUGCUUGUUGAAUCUGGUUGUGCCUGGCGUAAGGUGAAUGUCCAACGUAUUCUGGAUGAAUCAACUACGAACCAUGUUAAGAUGCUGUCAGAGGAAGCUGAUCGGAAACAUAAAUCACGCAAAGCUAUCGUGUUAGAUCACGGGAACCCAUCCAUGAAGAGUCAAAUAAAGCAAUUGGCAGCUGCUGAGUCUAAUCCAUGGAGGAUGCAUUUUAAAAAGAAAGAACCCCCAUUUAAAAAACGGAAUGUUGAAACACCUCAAGUCCCCAAAUCGACUUUUAAAGCUGGUGUUUCUUCAACUGCUACUGCAAAGGGCAGGCCCUCCUCUUCACCUCUGCCAUCCACACCUGAGAAAGCUGUCACUCCAGCAUCUCCAUUUGGAACUAAAAAUGUUUCAAAGGAGACAUCAGGGCAUAAAGGGAACUCUGGGACUAAGCCAGUGGAUUUACAUAGUAUGUCAGUUGCUCUACCAAGUGAGAAUCCUAAAGGGAUGAGCUUGAAGGCGGCAGAGAAAGCUAUUGUGGAUAAAAUUCCAAACUCUUCUAAGAAGAUUGAACCGGUUAUUAAUAAAAAUCAGAAUGCAACUUCCCAAGCUCCAGAUAGAUAUUUCUUGAAACCAGGAGUUGAGUUGGAAAGCUUCAAGAAACCUUCAUCUGAAAGUGGAAGUUCUCCUGAAGACAACCGUCAGCGGACUUUUGUUCCUGAAGACAACCACAAUCAAAGACCUGCUCCAGAAUCAACAUUUUCAGAGAAAAGCUCUGCUAUUGGAUUUGAGGAACAUGCCCAAUCAAACUCUAAAUUUGAAGAAGGAUCAAAUACAUUAGGAAAAAAUGAUGUCCAACAGCAUUUUCCUGAUUUGUUUGACGUGAAGAAAGUGUCUGACAACAGUGAGGGGCAGGCAGGCAGCUCCAGUGAUAGUGGAAGUGAUAGUGAUAGUGAUAGUAGCAGUGACAGUGGUAGUGACAGUGGAAGCCGCAGUAGAAGCAGAAGUAGAAGCCCAGUAGGAAGUGCAAGUGGGAGUAGCAGUGAUAGCGAAAGUGAUGCUUCAUCCAACAGUAAAGAGGGCUCCGAUGAAGAUGUGGAUAUUAUAAGUGAUGAUGACAAAGAACCCCAACAUAAACUACAGGCCUCUCAACCAAUGUUCUCACCAUCACCGGAUCAAUGGCGAUCUGGGCAAAAUGUGACAGAUGAGAAGCAAGAUGGUAAUGGAUCUGAUGCAGUUGACAUUGAGGGUCCUGUAUCUACUGCCUUUGAUGUUGAAGGACAUGAGUCUGAUGCUGUUGACAUCGAGAAAGAUUUGGAUGAUGAUGAUGAUGAGAAGGAACUUGAAUUGGCUGCAAAUAAUAGUUUGCUUGCCAGCAAAGAAGGCAACAAACCUGUGGAAGGAGAUAAAUAUAUUUUUUCUGAUCAUGAUGCUAUCCAAGAGCGCAAAACUUUAUUUGGAACAUUGUUUGAUGAUAAUGAAAACAUGGUUAGGGACAGCUUUAGGCCUGAGCAAUCCGAUAGUUCUGAGAGGACAUCCAAAAGUAAAUCUAAAAGGGGUCCUGAUGUGAAGCACUUUGAUGAGAAAUCUGAAUGUGCUAAAAGGUCGAAAGUUGAAAGCUUGGCUAAAGUGCCCAUUUCUGAAAGUGGGGAUGCCCAGUUAUUUGAGAGUCCUCACAAUAGAGACAGUGAAGAAACUGACUGGGUUCCUGCCAUUCAACGAAUAAAUAUAACUGAUAGGAAAGCAAAUUUCGAUUCUGGCUCACAAAAGGCUUAUAACCAGGCAUUUGGUGGAAAAUCCAGUUCAGAUUUUCAGCAACCAGUACGAAGGCCUUCUGAUAAAAAUUCUCGAUCUAAGGCUUCUGAUACGACACUGAGGUUCAAACACUCUGGGAGCUCUGGACAUGGUGGUAAAUUCUCUGAAAAGAGUUCUCAUGUACAUGAAGGUUUUCCCAUUGGAAGAGAAAAGUCUUCCAAGGACAUUCAAAAUGAGGAUAAUUUUGUGAAGGAGAAAAAGGAGUCAAGAAACCCCAAGGAAGGUGGAGCCGGAGGCCUAAUUGGUUCUCAUUACAGAAAAAAGGGUGAAACAUUUGGGAAAUUCAAGGAUUCUACACAAGUUACAAACUCACACUUAGGGUCUUCCCCAAGAGAUGUCCAUAGAGAUGAUUUGGAAAAAUUCCCAGCUGUCAGUGAAAGAACCCUCCAAAGAGAGCUUUCAGGAUUGGAGAUGGGAGAAUUUCGUGAGCCAUUGCUUGAUGAAACACCAGUUAAGAAACAAUUUGAAAGGAAGGGUUCUUUCAAACAGUCAGAGAACAAACCAAGCACUUCAGAGAGCUUUAAUUCUGAUUUAGGUAAAGUGAAACCUAUUGGAAGGGCGGCAUUGGACUCGGGAAAGCCUUCUCCACCCAAUCUAAGUUCUGGGUUUGAGCGGAGUCCUGAUCAUCAUAAUGAAGGUUCAACGAGAUCUCACCAUAAGAUUGUGCAGUCUCAUCCACAACAUCUUUCAAGAGUAGACAACAAUGAAGUUGGAUCACACUUUGUUAAGCUAGCAGAUGCAAAUAGCAGAUUGAGGCAAAAUGAAGCUGGGGCAAAACCAGGAAAUGGUAUGGAAGGCUAUGGAGAAAGCCAUAAAAGAGCCGCUGCCAAUGCACAGCAGCUGCAUGACUCUAAACGUGGGCUGGUUUCCCACAUGAUGAAGGAAAGUAAAAAACAGACAUCUAAUGUGACGGCUGAUUUGGUGGAUAGACAAAAGGAUACAAUUUUGAUUGAGGUCAAUAAUAAUGCUCGAAAGAGGAGAGAGUCUUCUUCUGAUGAAGACAGCUCUUCAUAUUCUAAAUAUGAAAAGGAUAUGCCAGAGCUCAGGGGACCAAUUAAGGAUUUUCUUCAGUAUAAAGAAUAUGUGCAGGAAUACCGUGAUAAGUAUGAUAGUUACUGCUCCUUGAACAAGAUCCUAGAGAAUUACAGGAAUGAUUUCCAGAAAAUGGGAAAGGACCUUGAAUUUGCGAAAGGUAGGGAUAUGGACAGAUAUAAUAAGAUCUUGCAGCAGUUGAAGGAAUCUUAUCGUCAUUGUGGGGCGAGGCACAAACGGUUGAAGAAUAUAUUCAUUGUGCUUCAUGAAGAAGUAAAGAACCUUAAGCAAAGGAUUAAAGAUUACGCUCUCUCAUAUACAAAAGAUUGAACAUUUCUCAUUUUGCUCCAAGACUAGUGCCAAAGUACUGAUGUGAUUUAAGAAAAGGAAUUUUUGUUGUGAAUGUAUAGUGUUGUGAAAAAGUUAAAUCUUGUAUAUAUAAAUAUGAAUUGCAUUUUCUUUACCACUCAUUUUGCCUCAAUCAAAUCAAUUCUUUAUAAUGUAA